UAUGCUAAAAAGAAGAUGAAGGAUUUUUGGAGCAUAAUUUGUGGGAACUCUUCAAAUGGUGAAAGCCUUUAUGAUCCUUUAAAUGGCCAGUUAAAUGAAGUUGAUACUGUUAGCAAUGUAACACCAUUUUCCAAAGCUGGAUUCUUUAGUAAGAUUUCAUUUUGGUGGUUGAAUACGUUGCUGAAAAGAGGUCAAGAAAAGACACUUCUCGAUGAGGAUAUCCCCGAGUUAAGAGAGUCUGACCGAGCAAAAAGUUGUUAUUUUUCGUUUGUAGAACAAUUAAACAAACAAAAUCAACACGAGCCACCAUCACAUUCUUCGAUUUCAUGGACAAUAAUUUUGUGCCACCGAAGAGAGAUUUUGAUAACAGGAUUGUUUGCUUUGCUCAAGGUACUCGCUAUAUCUUGUGGCCCUCUACUUCUAAAUGCUUUUAUAUUGUUUUCCGAGGGUAAUGAAAGUUUCGAAUAUGAAGGAUAUAUAUUGGCCAUAUCACUCUUCUUCAUAAAGAUCAUAGAAUCCCUAUCACAAAGACAAUGGUAUUUUCGCAGUAGACUUGUUGGGAUGAAAGUUCGAUCACUACUUACUGCCGCCAUUUAUAAAAAAAUAUUAAGGCUAUCGAAUUCUGCUAGACUGGUUCACUCUAGUGGUGAGAUAAUGAAUUAUAUAACUGUAGAUGCUUAUAGAAUUGGAGAAUUUCUAUUUUGGUUUCACAAGACUUGGACAACAAUUCUUCAACUGUGUAUUGCAUUAGUAAUUCUUUUCCGCGCAAUUGGACUAGCAACAAUAGCCUCAUUGGCGGUGAUAGUUCUCACCGUGCUUUGCAACACUCCACUAGCAAAGUUACAACACAAGUUUCAGAGAAAACUAAUGGUGGCACAAGAUGAGAGAUUAAAAGCUAGUUCUGAGGCACUUAUGAAUAUGAAAGUGUUGAAGUUAUAUGCAUGGGAAACCCAUUUUAAAAACGCCAUAGAUUACUUACGAAACACGGAACUCAAAUUGUUAUCUGCAGUGCAAUUAAGAAGAACGUACCUUGUCUUUCUUUUUUGGACAUCGCCGAUGUUGGUGUCUUCUGCUUCCUUUUUGGCAUGUUACUUCUUGAAAGUUCCUUUGCAUGCAAGUAAUGUUUUCACCUUCGUGGCAACUUUGCGCCUUGUUCAAGAUCCAAUUACAGGCAUCCCAGAUGUUAUUGCAGUGGUUAUUCAAGCAAAAGUUGCAUUUGCUAGGAUUGUUAAUUUUCUCGAGGCACCAGAACUGCAAAGUGAAAAUUUUAACAACAGAUGCUUAAAUGAUAACAUUAAAGGCUCAGUUUUGAUCAAAUCGGCUGACUUUUCAUGGGAAGGUAAUUUAUCAAAGCCAACACUAAGAAACAUAAAUUUGGACGUUAGACGCGGACAAAAGGUGGCUAUCUGUGGAGAAGUUGGCUCAGGAAAAUCAACCCUCUUAGCAACAAUUCUAGGAGAAGUUUCAAAGACACAGGGAACUAUUGAUGUUUAUGGGAAGUUUGCAUAUGUUUCUCAAACAGCGUGGAUACAAACAGGUACAAUCCGGGAAAAUAUUUUGUUUGGGUCGGUGUUUGAUGAUCACAGAUAUCACGAAACACUUCAAAGGUCUUCACUGAUAAAGGACCUUGAGUUGCUUCCCUAUGGUGACCUCACCGAAAUAGGUGAGAGGGGAGUAAAUUUAAGUGGAGGUCAAAAGCAGCGAAUUCAACUUGCUCGAGCUCUUUAUCAGAAUGCAGAUAUAUAUCUAUUAGAUGAUCCAUUUAGUGCUGUUGAUGCGCAUACUGCAAAAAAAUUGUUUAAUGAAUAUAUCAUGGAAGGACUCAAAGGGAAAACAGUCUUACUCGUGACACAUCAAGUCGACUUCCUCCCAACGUUUGAUUCUAUUUUGUUGAUGUCAGAUGGGGGAAUUCAACAAGCUGGUCCAUAUAACCAUCUACUAACAUCCAGUCAAGAAUUCCAUGACCUUGUCAAUGCUCACAAAGAGACUUCGGGUUCUGACCAACUUGCGAGUACUACUUUUCCGCAGAGACAUUCAACUUCUACAAAGAUUACGCAGGCUUUCGUGUUGAAGCAAUUUAAAGAACCAAAUGGAAAUCAAUUCAUUAAGCAAGAAGAAAGAGAGAAAGGAGACACAGGAUUGAAGCCUUACUUACAAUAUUUGAAUCAGAUGAAAGGCUAUAUAUUCUUCUUCGCGGCUUCCCUUUGUCACCUUAUUUUCGUUGUCUGUCAAAUAUUGCAAAACUCAUGGAUGGCUGCUAAUGUUGAUAAUCCUCGUGUCAGCACGUUGCGAUUGAUUUUAGUUUAUUUACUCAUUGGUGUUUCUUCAGUAUUUUUCUUGUUGAUCAGAAGUCUACUUUUAGUUGCUUUGGGUCUUCAAUCAUCGAAGUAUUUAUUUCUACAACUGAUGAACUCCCUCUUUCGUGCACCGAUGUCCUUUUACGACUCUACACCAUCAGGAAGGAUACUUAGUAGGGUUUCGUCUGAUCUGAGCAUUAUGGAUAAUGACAUCCCAUUCAGCCUCACUUUUGCAGUGGCAGGAACUCUAGUUUUUUAUUCCAGUCUUACAGUUUUGGCAGUUGUUACUUGGCAAGUCUUAAUUGUGGUUAUUCCGAUGGUUUAUGUUGCUGUUCGAUUGCAGAGAUACUACUUUUCCUCAGCAAAAGAAGUAAUGAGGAUGAAUGGCACAACAAAAUCAUUUUUAGCUAACCAUGUAGCUGAAACUGUUGCUGGAGCUGUGACAAUAAGAGCUUUUAAGGAGGAGGUUCGGUCUUUUGAGAAGAACCUCGGUUUAAUUGAUAUUAAUGCUGGUGCUUUUUUCCAUAGUUUUGCCGCAAAUGAGUGGUUAAUCCAACGGUUAGAAACAAUCAGUGCAGUUGUACUCACCGCUGCGGCACUUUGCAUGGUUAUGCUCCCCACUGGAACAUUCUCCUCGGGAAUUAUUGGCAUGGCUCUAUCUUAUGGCCUGUCACUAAAUGCUUCCUUAGUAUUUUCAAUUCAAAAUCAAUGCACUCUUGCAAAUCACAUAAUAUCAGUAGAGAGGCUAAAUCAAUAUAUGCAUAUACAAAGUGAGGCAGAAGAAAUAGUAGAAGAAAAUCGUCCCCCUUCGAAUUGGCCAGUUACAGGAAAAGUAGAAAUAAAUGAUUUGAAGAUACGAUACAGGUCCGAUGGACCAUUUGUACUUCAUGGGAUUACAUGCACAUUUAAAGCACGACACAAGAUCGGUAUUGUUGGAAGAACAGGCAGCGGGAAAUCAACACUUAUUAGUGCUUUGUUUCGUCUUGUGGAGCCAGCAGACGGAAAGAUUAUUGUUGACGGAAUUGACAUAUCAUCCAUCGGCCUUCAUGACUUGAGGUCAUGUUUUGGGGUUAUACCUCAGGAUCCUACACUUUUUAAUGGGACAGUAAGAUAUAACUUGGACCCUGUAUCGCAGCAUACUGAUCACGAGAUAUGGGAGGUUCUUCGGAAGUGUCAAUUGCGAGAAGUUGUUCAAGGGAAGGAAGAGGGUUUAAACUCCUCAGUUGUUGAGAAUGGAUCAAACUGGAGUAUGGGACAAAGGCAGUUAUUCUGUUUGGGGCGUGCACUUUUGCAAAGAAGUAGGAUAUUGGUGUUGAACGAAGCAACUGCUUCAAUUGAUAAUUCAACUGAUAUGAUUCUUCAGAAAACCAUUAGAACCGAGUUUGCGGAUUGUACAGUGAUCACAGUAGCACACAGGAUACCAACUGUGAUGGAUUGCAGUAUGGUUCUUUCAAUCAGUGAUGGAAAAUUGGCGGAGUAUGAUGAGCCGAUGAUCUUGAUGAAGAGAGAAGAAUCAUUGUUCAGGCAACUUGUCAAAGAAUACUGGUCUCACUCUCAGUCUGCAGAUUCGCAUUGACGCUACCAGAAUUAUAUUGCACAAUUCACUAUUGUUCAGCAAUACACUAUUUUAGUAUAGAAUGUUAUCAAAUAACGCCUAUUAUGGUGUUAUAACGCUUUAGCGUAGUGUCUGUUGUGGUGCUAUAGCAAUUUAGCAGAGCAGAAUUUGAACAAACUAUU